AUGAAAGGAAAUCUCAGCAUACCUCUACAGCCAGGUGAUUCUGUCCAAAACUCUACUGACGAUGCUGACUCUAAUGAUAGCGACCAGCCUCUUCCAACACGACUUAACUUCGACCUCUACGCUGCAAUAACAGCGUUAGUUGGAAGGCCCUUAAGGUCCUAUAAGAGAGGCCAUGUGGAAUGA